CUCCAGAUCAGCACUCUCUCUCUCUCCGUCUCUGCGCUUGGAUCCACGCGAGCCCCAUACAUACCCCCCAUCCCCCCUGCAUUCUCGGAGUCCAUCUCUCCCUCCUGCGACGCUAUAGAGAGAGAUAGAGAGAGAGAGAGAGAGAGAGAGGGAGAAAGGCAGGGAGAAACAGAGCGUUUUCUUUCUGUUCCAGGGGAAGGAAAGGAAGAUCUCCGCCCGAAGGCAGAAAGGGAAAAGCGAAAAAGAAAAAGGAGAAAGAUGAUGCAGAGAGGGAUCGCCAGGACCACCCGAAGGGCAUUAUCGGGAUCUUGCUCCUCCUCCUCCUCCUCCUCGUCCCGCCACCACCAACGCCCCCGCUUCGUCUCCUCCUCUGAGGCCGCCCAGAAGGUGGAGCGGGAGAGUGAUCUGCCCAGAAUGCCCCCCUUCGACUACUCCCCUCCGCCCUACUCCGGCCCCUCCGCGGCCGAGAUCCUCGCCAAGCGCCAGCAGUACCUCAGCCCCUCCAUGCACUGCUUUUACCAAAAACCCCUGAACGUGGUGGAAGGGAAGAUGCAGUACCUGUUCGACGAUACCGGCAGGAGGUACCUGGAUGGGUUCGGCGGGAUUGCCACCGUGUCCUGCGGGCACUGCCACCCGGACGUGGUCGCCGCCAUCGUCGACCAGACCCGCCGCAUCCAGCACUCCACCAUCCUCUAUCUGAACCCCGCCAUCGCCAACUUCGCCGAGGCCCUCGCCUCCAAGCUCCCCGGUGACCUCAACGUGGUGUUUUUCACGAACUCGGGGACGGAGGCGAACGAGCUGGCGAUGAUGAUAGCGAGGCUGUACACCGGUAGCCACGACAUAAUAUCGCUGAGGAAUGCGUACCACGGGAACGCUGCCGGGACCAUGGGCGCCACGGCCUCGAGCAGCUGGAAGUUUAACGUCAUACAGAGUGGAAUUCAUCACGCCUUAAACCCAGACCCCUACAGAGGUGUUUUCGGUUCAGAUGGAGAGAAGUAUGCCAAAGAUGUCCAAGACCUCAUCAAUUUUGGCACUUGUGGCAAUGUGGCUGGUUUCAUGUCUGAAUCUAUACAGGGCGUGGGAGGCAUUAUUGAAUUGGCCCCAGGUUACUUGCCCGCUGCAUAUAGCAGCAUCAGGAAAGCUGGUGGCCUUUGUAUUGCUGAUGAAGUUCAAGCUGGAUUCGCUCGCACCGGGAGUCACUUUUGGAGUUUUGAAUCCCAGGGGGUUGUGCCAGACAUUGUCACAAUGGCAAAGGCCAUUGGAAAUGGUAUUCCUCUCGGAGCGGUGGUGACUACUCCCAAAAUUGCCGAGGUGCUGACCCGUCGCAAUUAUUUCAAUACCUUUGGUGGCAACCCGGUCUGCACUGCUGCCGGGCUAGCUGUGUUGAAUGUGAUCGAGAAAGAUAAACUUCAGGAGAACGCCCAUGUUGUGGGGUCCCAUCUGAAAAACAGACUGACAUCGCUCAUGGACAAAUACGAAAUUAUUGGGGAUGUGAGGGGUCAGGGGCUGAUGCUUGGAGUCGAACUUGUUUCUGAUCGCAAGUUGAAAACUCCCGCAAGUGCUGAAACUCUACAUGUGAUGGACCAAAUGAAAGAGAUGGGUGUACUGAUCGGCAAAGGAGGGUACUACGGAAAUGUGUUCCGAAUCACGCCACCGCUGUGCAUCACCAAAGAAGAUGCAGAUUUCCUGGUGGACGCGAUGGAUCAUACGCUGUCAAAGAUGUAAAGUGCCUGAAAAUGUAAAUCUUUACAUAAGCAUCUGCGUAAUCUGUCACGGAUUGAUCUUUCUACUGCUGUAUAUUGGUAUGCAUGCUUCUGGUUAUUCCUGUUGUUAUCAUACAUAGGGUCUGCACAUUCGACUGGCAGCUGGCCCAUCCAGUGGUGAGUCAACAACUCGUUGUCUCUCUGAACCAAUAAAAAAAAAUAAGCUCCGAUGUUGUUUCUUUUCUU